GCUUGGGGGCGGGGGGAUCCGCGGCUGAGCAAACACACAGGCAGGUUCCAGCUAGAGCGUCAAAUGCGUCCCUCCAUCACUGCAGCCAUUGGUAGAAAUGUCUGUUUCCAGUCUGUUGGCUUGGGUCGUUGGGCUCAUAGCCUGCGUCAAUGCCUUGGAGACAGCAGCGCUACGCGCUACACUGCUCCACUAUUUCCCCUGACCCUGUGUAGGCUCUCACGCUCAGUUAAGCAAACACUAGACCCUCUCAUCAUCAGACGCUCUUCAACAAAUCAGUGUGCGAUUCUGCAAGAGCGAGUGCACAUCGUAAACUAUUAUUUCUCUACACUCUAUAUCUCUCCAGGAUGGAUUUACUUUUAGCGGUGACAGCUACCUCGUAUCCCGAGUGAGGGGAGUCUUAUCAAUUGACAACUUUCGUCAAUUCCUGGAGUUUUGAGUGGGGAAGCAAGCGUUUUUUCCUCUCUUGAUCCUCACUCGUAUUUCACCACCGCAUCAGCUGGAGCGAUAGCUGCCGCUUCACGAUGGCAGGAGCGGGAAUAUUUCUGUGCAUUCUGCUAUUACAUUUUUUUAUCUCCACUGCGCUGUGCAACGCCGGAUUCAUCUUCACGGAGGAGCCCUCUGAGAGAGCUGGGAAGUCAGACGGGUAUUGUAGUAAGAUAUUACGGGCCCAGGGCACUCGGAAUGAAGGCUACAACGAGUUUCGGCUCCGAGUCGAGGGGGACCCAGAAAAUUAUCAGCCUGGGAGCACUUACAGAGUGACUCUGUAUGCAUCCAGUCCCGCUUACUUCAGAGGUUUCACCCUCAUCGCUCUGAGGGAGGGCAGGGAAGGAGACAAAGAAGAGGACUAUGCUGGCAAUUUCCAGAUCAUCGAUGAAGAGGACACACAGUUCAUGAUCAACUGUCCCUCGGCAGUGACAGAGAGUACCCCUCGGAGACGCACCAGGAUCCAUGUGUUCUGGACAGCACCCCCCAGCUCCUCUGGUUGUGUCACCCUCAAGGCCAGCAUUGUUCAGAAGAGGAUCAUCUACUUCCAGGAUGAAGGCUCUCUCACCAAGAGGAUGUGUGAGAAAGAGUCAUUGUAUGGGGAGACCACAGAGAAGCCUCUGCUGGAUUGCUGUGCCUGUGGAACAGCUAAGUACAGAGUCACCUUCUAUGGCAACUGGUCAGAGAAGGUGCACCCCAAAGACUACCCUCGGCGUGCUAACCACUGGUCGGCCAUCAUCGGAGCGUCCCACUCUAAGAACUACGUGCUGUGGGAGUAUGGUGGCUACGCCAGCGAGGGCAUCAAGAAGGUGGCCGAGCUGGGAUCACCUGUCUCCAUGGAGGAAGAGAUCAGGCAGAAGGGUGAUGACGUUCUGACAGUCAUCAAAAUGAAGGCUCAGUGGCCUGCCUGGCAACCCUUCAAUGUUCCCUUCUCUCUGUCCUCCAGUCGUGCUGCCCCGUCAGCUGAGUUCUCAGUGGACCGUACCCGUCACCUGAUGUCCUUCCUCACCAUGCUGGGGCCCAGCCCUGACUGGAACGUGGGGCUGUCUGCAGAGGACCUCUGCACCAAGGAGUGUGGUUGGGCCCAGAGGGUUGUCCAGGAUAUGAUCCCCUGGGAUGCAGGCACCGACAAUGGGGUCACCUAUGAGUCUCCCAACAAGCCCACAGUCCCUCAGGAGAAGAUCCGCCCCCUGACUAGCCUGGACCACCCUCAGAGCCCCUUCUACGACCCUGAGGGGGGCGCCAUCACCCCCGUGGCCAGGGUAGUUGUGGAGCGCAUCGCCCGAAAGGGAGAGCAGUGCAACGUCGUGCCUGAUAACGUGGAUGACAUUGUGGCUGAUAUCGCCCAGGAGGAGAAAGAGGAAGACGACACUCCAGAGACAUGCAUCUACUCCAACUGGUCUCCCUGGUCAGCCUGCAGCUCAGCCACCUGUGACAAGGGCAAGAGGAUGAGACAGAGGAUGCUGAAGGCCCAGCUGGACCUCAGUGUACCCUGUCCUCACACCCAGGACUUUGAGCCCUGCAUGGGGCCCGGCUGCAGCGACGAGGAAGGGUCCACCUGUACGAUGUCAGAGUGGAUCACCUGGUCUCCGUGUAGCAUGUCAUGUGGGAUGGGCCUGCGGUCCAGGGAACGCUACGUCAAGCAGUUCCCUGACGAUGGCUCUGUGUGUACCUUGCCUACUGAGGAGAACGAGAAGUGUAUUGUGAACGAGGAAUGCACCCCCAACAGUUGUCUGGUGACAGAGUGGGGUGAGUGGGACUCCUGCAGUGCCACCUGUGGGCUGGGCAUGAAGAGAAGGGAACGCAUGGUGAAGAUGCCUCCCCCGGACGGCUCCAUCUGUGGGGCUGAGGUGCUGGAGGUGGAGAAGUGCAUGAUGCCAGAGUGUCACACCAUUCCCUGUAUGCUGUCUCCGUGGUCUGACUGGAGUGACUGCAGUGUUACGUGUGGGAAGGGCAUGCGGACGAGGCAGCGCGUGCUCAAGUCUCCUGUGGAGCUGGGAGAGUGUAUAGAGGACCUGGAUCAGGUGGAGAAGUGCAUGCUGCCAGAGUGUCCGACAGACUGUAUGGUGUCAGAGUGGACGGAGUGGUCUGAGUGUAACAAAUCCUGUGGUAAAGGUCACAUGAUAAGGACACGCAUAGUGAAGCUGGAGCCCCAGUUCGGAGGGGACUCGUGUCCCGAGACAGUACAGAGGAAGAAGUGUAAGAUCAGGAAGUGUAACCGCGAUGAUGGCCAGGGCCAGGUCAACAGCGACGAGAAGAAACGACGCAAGGAGGCGAGGGAGAAGAGGAGGAGCAAACAGGGGGGUCCACAGGGGGAGGAGACCAUGUCACCUGCUGAACACCCAGGUUGUAAGAUGAGGCCGUGGUCCAGCUGGACGGACUGUACCAAGCUGUGUGGCGGGGGGAUCCAGGAGCGGCUCAUGACAGCCAAAAAGAGGCUUAAGAGCGCCCAGCUCCCCAGCUGCAAGGACAGGAAGGAGAUCCGAGCGUGUAACGUGUACCCCUGCUAGAUGGACCAAGGUGGGCAGGACGGGGAUGGGAUGGGUACGGAGUGGGUGGAGGUUGCCCAUAAACACUGGUGUGAGCUCAGUUGUUUUCCCCUCUGACAGUUCAGGUUAGGAUUGGGGAUUGUAAACUGAUCCUAGAUCUGUGCCUAUGGGCAAGUUGGUUAUGGGACGGAGCGUGAGGUGGCAUAGUGUCACUCAAUGAUCCAAUGCACUCUGUUUAGGGCUGGCAAGGACCUUAAUCUCUCUUGGUUUAAUCCAGGGUUGAGUCUGAAGAUUCUAGAUUGGGAGUUGAAGAUUCUAGAUUGGGGAAGGUACACUGGUUCUGUAUAUACCUCUAGUCAGAGGUUGGAAAGUGUUUGGCAAAUUCUGAAAUGAUCCAUCCUUCCAGGUCAAUGGUCAUGGGUUAUUUUACAAGAAGGAAGGAAGGAAUUCCCUUGGUCUCUUCUCGAGCCUAAAACAAACAGCCAUUUUGAGAGAGGAUCUAGGCUAGGCUUCCCCAAAUAACGCCUAGCCUAUGAUGAACCUGACUGAUUUCCCUCUGUGUGUACAAUAAACUAGCUCUGUUACAUAUAGAAUUCUUCUGCAAGAUUACUGUAAACUUGUUGUGGUAUAAUAUUCUUGAAUAAUGAUAAUGAUGAAAACACCAAUUGAUUUAAUAAGCGAUAGUACUGUUAGGCUAUAUCCUGUAGUAUCCUCUUUGGCAGUGUAUAUUAUCCCAGAACUUAAAGCACAGUUACCCAGCCAUUCCAGCAUUUUUAUAAUCCUUCAGAAAAAAAAACAUGUUUCUAGGAUCAAGAAAUCUCCUGUAUGACUUUUUACUCAGCUGUACUACUGUUCAUGUAGACACACCGCAACGGAAAUCUCUAUGAUUUUGUGCAUUGUUAUUAUAAGAUCAUUUUUAUUUUUUUUGCUGUGGAUUUUUUGAUAACAAUAUCACCCAAGAGUCUUACCCAAGUCUUGUGUAGGUGUUUUUUACAUGUCUUUAUGUGUCUUUUUCCUCUGCUCCUCUAACAUAUUCAUAUUUUGGAAUAUAUCACCUUUACAAUAAAAGUAAAUGUUAGAAAUUGU